ACAGUUCUCCGGAGCUGGUUGUCGUGCAGUCACUGAUGGCUUCGUUGGCUGGUUGUGUUGUUUAUUAAGUCUUCUUACGGGAUCAUCUGCUGUGGGUGGCUUGCAAUAGCUUCAUUAUUUUUUUUGCUCAAGAUGUUGUGUUUGGUUUCUUGUGGAGCGUUACUGGCAUCUGCUGGCAGAGGCAGGCUCUUAUCUGUCAUCUGGUGGCAGUUGGGUUCACGGCAACUUUGCUUGCAGCCAGUGAACACAAGGUCAGUGCAAGAGACCAGUUCAGCAACAGAACACAACACGUCUCUGCAGUAAAGGUGUGUUUAUUGUGACAAACAUGGCGAACAAGGAGAAGAGCGGGCCCCGGCCUCAGUUUAUCAGUGGCUCCAGUAGUGUAUCCACCACCAUCCGUCUUCGGGACCUUUAUGAUCCCAAGCCUCAACCUCCCAAAGCCCCAGUCCGGAUCCGCCCUCCGGGUCCGAGAGCUCCAUCAGCAAAGGAACUCAAUUUAAAGCACAGCUCUCCCAGUGAUCCUCCAACCAAGACGAUCAUGAGGAGACGAGCUCAGUCUCUACCUUCAUCAGCAGAGAGGAAAAAGGAGCUCAGGAGCCUGCAGGUACGCUUUGUGGACUCACUGGGCCUCGAGUUAGAGGAAGUUAAAGUCUUCAAAGUUCAAGAGCGCCCCCUGAUACCCCAACAUGUUAUGUUCAGACUACUGAUGAGCUCUGAACUGGCUUUCGGGAAAUCAUUGGAGCUGUCCCUGCCUUACUUCAAACCUUGUUUCCCUGAGAAUAUGGGAGCUCAGCCAGACUUCCUGAAGCGUCUCUACACUCAGAGCGUGUGUCUGCAGCAGGUCCUGUGUUCAGAGCAGGGGAUAACAGGCACUAUACAAGUACUAAACUUAGCUUAUGAGAAAGAGGUCACAGUGCACUACUCUUUCACCAACUGGAGAACACUCACAGAAACAACAGCAUCCUGGGUAUCAAGUGGGUACCGUGGGGAGUGCGAUGCUCCAGAGACAGAUAUCUUCAGAUUUCGUCUGCCUGUGCCGCCCUUCAUUUUGCUGCCAGGAGCCAUUUUAGAAUUUGCCAUCUGCUACUGCGUAAAAGGAUCUAAUUAUUGGGACAACAACAAUGGACACAAUUACAAACUGUCAUGCCACAGCUACAAGGUGACUGUGCCGAGGGAGUGUGAGGACAGCAUGCUGCAUUUCACCUGAGUGUCCACACAGGGGAGCUGGAACACCUGCACACAGAUAUGGGUGACAGGCAAAAAAGUACCACCUAAACUACCCAUAAUUCCCUUUGCUUAUUAUAUUCAGCAGUGGAAUGUAACUAAAUACAUUUACUCAAGUACUUGCUAGUACAGUUUUGAGGUACUUCAGCAACUGCCACUUUGUAAAUAUUGUACUUUUUAUUCCACUAGAUUUAUCUGACAGCUGCAGCUAUCUUUCAGAAUUAAAGUUUACACGCAAAAUAAACGAUCAGUUGGAAACUUUGUAGAAUCAUCCCAACAAUGUAUAAAGUAGUUAAAAUGAACUCCGCCGCAACCAGCCACAACAUUAGAAUGCUGCUUGUAUGUUAAUGUACAUUAUCUGAUACUAAUACUUUAUUUACUGCACUUUUACUUAAGUAAUAUUUUGGAUGCAGGAGUUUUAAUGAAGUAUUACAAUAUUGUUAUUUUUACUUAAAUAAAGGAUCUCAACACUCGCUCCACCUCAGAUAAGAAGAUGUUCUAACCAGGGAGAACUCAAAUUUAACACUAGAGAAAUACUAAAAUGGUCAAAGGAGGUCAAGACUUUAGUUUAAAAAGGUAAAAUCAUUUAGUGAAUACUGCUUCCUUGAGUGAUCUGACAGAUAAUCUGAGAAUAAAUCAGGUACCUCUGGCUCCUCCUAGUGCUCCUAAUGACAUUUGCAAGAAUCCAACGGGCCUGAACAAAAACAACCAAUCAGAGCUGAGAAAGAUAGUUGAUUGUUGGGUCUCAUUCUCAGGUGAUCAAAUGCCAACACCACCUCAUGUGCUACUGUCAGCAUAUAAAGUUUCAGCAAAUAUUACCAAAAAAAACCCAUUUUUCUAAAGGUUACCUACUGUAGCAGCCAUCAGUUUAGUAUGGCUUAAGCUCCAAAAACGCAGGAUCCUACAUUUCCCAUAAUGCAACUUAAUAGCACACCACUACCCACACUUCCAGCUUAACACAAUGGCUUUCUGUUGAAAAUUGGAAGUCUCAAGCCGGAGUCAAGACAACCCAGAUGACAUCCCCUCAGUACGAGUAAGCUAAACUUCAUAUGUAAAACGGGUGCAGUGGCCCUUUAAAAUAUUCCAGUCUGAGUCAUGGAAGGAUUCCUGUGUUCCUGCUGGGCUUUUAUUUAGAUUAAAUCCCGGCCACCUCUGUACAGAUCUACAAAAGAAUUUGCCCACUCUGCACGUCAGCAAAGUCUGGUGACCCAAUUUAAUGACCGACAGUCUGAGUUAUUGUUGUAUCUUAACACAGAAUUUGCACAAGGUGACAAAUCCAUAUUCUCUGCUGAUUUCACACAGAAUGAGAGCACUUAAUGAGCUGCUGGCAACCCGAGCAGCGUGUUUGCUGUUACUCUGCACUUUCUGUCACGAUCAAGGGGGCUUGACCUCACUCUUCUGGAGCUUGUUUUGUUUUUAGAGGAGGAUUACCGGGAGCAGUGCGAGCUCCUCUGUUGCACUAUGAUCCCUUGGUUAUCCCCGACGGCACUGACCUUUCACCAAAAAGUUUCCACUGAUAUGAGAGGCCAGAUUCCACAGAACUUCCUGGCAGGCUGCAACGUUUGACUCAUAGGCGGGCGUUCUUCCAUCUGCAUUAGUCACUGCAGCUGUAUGGCAAGCUUUAAACAUGAUAGCAGAUAUCUGAACAUGAAACACAUUACGGAGCAUGUCAAGCCCUUAUCCAUAAUCAAUCAAUGAGAGAAAAAUAAAAUGUUGUUUAUUAAAGACACAAGUCUGUCAUCCAAAUGUGAACAAAAAGUUAGCCCUACCACUAAAAAUAGAAACAACUGUUAUGACCCUUAAACUGACUGACAGGACUUUAAAUCUAACUAAACUCAAUUUUUUUGAAUGAUCUGUUACACAAGCUCAUACAGUAUUAUCAGUUAUGAUCUCUUGAGAAACAAAAAACAAUAGAUUAAAAGUAGAUUAAAGUAAAUCUCUUCCUCCUUAUAUUAAGUAUGAAUGUGCCUGUAAUUUCAGUUUUGGGUUAAAUUACAGUUUGGGGGUUUCCUGUGAUUGUUUAAAACUGUACAUGCACAUGAGUGAUUGAACUGCAACUCUGCAACAACACGAAACACUAAACCCCUCUCUCCAGGCACGUUGAUAAGUUUGUGUGUAAUUUGAAGCAGUCAGACGUUGCAGUUGACAGACACUAGAUGGCAUCAUUGCUCAAAUCUAAGACCCUACAAAGUAAAGCAAUGUUGGAUUUUUGUCUCCAGUGGUGGAAGAAGUAUUCAGAACUUACACUCAAGUGAAAGUAGCCACACAACAAUGUAAAAAUACCCUAUUACAAGCAGGGCCGGAUCUAGAGGAAAAAUGCCUGGUUAUGGCCAUUUUUUAGACUAAUUUCAAUGAAAAAAGACUUUGACUUUGACUAAAAAUAAAACAAUUUACUGAUUUCUAAUGCCACCUUUAGGUAUUUCUAUUUGAUCCUUUACUAAUGUGCCACAAUCAUGUAAUGUUUUUGGGUUCAAAUAUCUUUAUUUAGGGGCUUUUCCAUGCAAAUAUUGAUUAAUGUGAUUGUUUGCGAUUAAAUCAGCAUUUAUUUCUGCCCCCUUGAAGUCUCCAUGCCCCAACGCCAUGAAUACUUCUCCAGAUCUGCCCCUGAUUACAAGUAACAAUGUUGCAUUCAACACAAUAGCCUGUCAGAGAUAUGAAGAUCAUCAGAUUAUUAUUACUGAUGUUGAGGUAGAGCUAAGUUUCUGUUGGGCAGUUUAAUCUGUAACAAUGCAUAUUUUGUAAAAUGAUAACUAAAUAAAAUCUUAACCUGCAAAGUACCAUAAUAAUAGGUGUCAAAUAAAAGUUGGAAGUAUCCUAAAUGCAAACACUCCAGUGAAGUACCUCAAAUGUGUAAAAUACAGUACUUGAGCAAAUGUACUUUUGAACAUCCCACUGCUGUUUGUUGCUAACUUCGCACUAUUUGAGAUCCAUGCAACAUAAAUGUGUUUUGUUUCCACAAAUCCUAUGAAUGCACAUUUUAGAUAUCAGUCUUUUUGUUGAGCUUUUCUUAAUUCACCACUAAACUAUAGUAAAAGAGAGUCACAGCUUCCCUCUGUUAUGAUAAUAAACUGCUGUAGUGUAUACUGGUUGUGGAUUGAGUGAUGAACUGGUUUACCCUCAUUAUCCCAUCACUGAUUCCUGAGAGCGUUAUUACAAAACUCCAUCUGCCUUUAGAAACUUUUUCAAACAAUCUAUUUAGAAAAGUAACACAACAUUCUGUAAUCACACUCCCCGGAGAGCUGUGCACUGUCCUCAGAGCUCUCAGAGGGCACUCAUAACCUGGCAACCCUUUCUUGUUGUGUCUUACACUUUGCCUCUGUAGCUUGUUUGUAAUUACUGGACUCACAGACGAUGACUUAUUCCACUGUAGCAGUCACUGUGAGGCGCGGUGGAUAAAGGCAUGAACAUAGCAGUAAACUGCAAGAAUGGCCUUUGUGCUGCCAGGCUUUAGCGUGCCCUCUCUACUUGUUUCUCCUAAACCUUUUACAGUUGCACCAGAAACAAAAACAAACAUCCCCUCUGUUCUCCGGGGCUGCCUGCGUUUCAUUGCUCUCAUUGUUUGUCUGGAUGGAUGUUCUUCACUAACAGUCUUAGCUGUCAUGCCAGCGUGUUGCUGGGGCACACAUCCAUGCAGCCUAGCAGCGCUGUGCCUUUAUUUGGGGCUGUCAUCUUGUGCUUAUUGCCGGUAGUUAUAUAAGAAGCCACCAUAUUAGGAGCCAACAUGAUGCUCAAUAGUGACGUUUGCUCCAGGGACUGGCUGGAAUUGAAAUGUAACAACUGAUGCUUCAUUUUGGGUGCCAGUGAUUAUGAGUUGCAUCAUUAAAACACCAUUAUGGCCUGUGUGUUUUGGAAUAAAAGAACUGUGUCGCUUGUAA